UUCUCAGUCAGACACGCUGUCAGCCGCUACUGAAGAACGCGAGCCAAUCUAAUACCACUUCAUUGGGUAUAGAAAAAGCCGUUUCAAUUGAAAUCUGAAAGUUUGGAAAAGAUGAAAUCCAUUUUGUCCCUUUGUGUUAUUUUCGUGCUUGUUGUUUGCUACUCAGGCAGUCCAGUCGCUAAAAAGAGCAAGCUUGUUCAAGGGAUUCAAGACUUUGCAGUGGAAUCUCAACCAAGGUCCAAGCGAUCGAUUGAACUCUUACCUGGUAUCGCCAAGAGUGCAGCCAUUCGUUUCUCGGAAGCAGUUUCCAAAGGGAGAAACAAACGUUCGAAUGAUGUGAUUCUUAACGCUUUGGCUCAACUUCGAGAGAACCAGAUAACCUCCCACGGAAUCGCAAAGAUAUUUUCAAGCGAUUUGGCGAACAGCUUGGCCGAGGAAAAGUGAAAACUUCAGAGAAGCAAAACAUCAUUAAGGUGAUGCUUGCAUGCCAAGGAAGACAACACAACAUGGAGCCAUAACGGCUAGCCAACUUAUUCUUAGUAGUAGUAUUUUGUAGGUAAAAAAAUAAAGCUUGAUACUUGACAUUGAA